UUGUAUUUAUUAUGUUUUUGUGGUUAAAUUUCUUAGAUGGGAGAUGGAAUCAUGGAAUGGAAUUAUCUUGGAAUUCCAAAUCAUCUUGGAAUCAGCCCAGACCGAAGCACAACUGAUUGUGCCAACAUCCGACCCCAAUUAUGCAUUCUUUUUAUUCAUUUAUGUAUAUUCUUUCUUCAAGUACGAACACAACAGUAAUAAAAAUAAAAUUUCACAUUUCUACAACUUUUCAAUUAAACUCCCUCUUCUAUCCAUUAGUGCAAUGGGCCAGAAGCAGAGCAAUUUUUCCUCAUUUUUUAAUUUAAUUUUUUUUAAUCAAAAAGUACAUACACACCAGGGAUGUGC